UACAUCACUUCCUUUUUGUUUUCCUCAGAGGGAGGAGAGGUCGUCUGAAGGGAGGCCAGCGGCUGGUGUUCUGGCCAGGACGCAGACAGACAGACCCCCACUAGUUCCCCACCUCUGCAAAAACAGCACCAGUCGUUGCCGACUUGAAAUAAAACAAAAUUGGAGUCGUGAUCGCUUAUUCUGUCGGAAGGAGCUCAGCCCCACGUGGCGACCAUUGGAAGCAUGGGUGUUACCUGUGUGUCUCAGAUGCCCAUAGCAGAAGGAAAAAGUGUCCAGCAAACAGUUGAAAUCUUAACAAGAAAACUGGAACUACUCGGAGCUGAGAAACAAGGAACGUUCUGUGUGGACUGUGAAACCUACCAUACUGCAGCCUCCACAAUGGGCAAUCAAGGGCAGGCUGCCAAGCUGAUGUACGUGAUGCACAAUUCCGAAUAUCCUCUCAGCUGUUUCGCUCUCUUUGAAAAUGGCCCCUGCCUCAUAGCAGAUGCCAACUUUGAUGUUCUUAUGGUGAAACUGAAAGGCUUCUUUCAGAAUGCCAAAGGAAACAAGAUAGAGAGCCGGGGCACUCGGUACCAGUACUGCGAUUUCUUGGUGAAGGUUGGCACUGUUACCAUGGGGCCAAGUGCUCGUGGGAUAUCCGUGGAGGUGGAAUAUUGUCCAUGUGUGGUAGCUAACGACUGCUCAAACCUAUUAAUGGAGUUCAUGCAGAGCUUCAUGGGAAGUCAUGCUCCUGGAAUCCCUUCUGUAUUUGGCAAUAAACACGACAACAUCUACAGCCCAGCUGACACCAUGGUUCAGUAUAUGGAACUCUUCAACAGGAUUCGGAAACAGCAGCAGGUGCCUGUUGCAGGGAUCAGAUGAGGAAGACUUUAUAAGCCUUAGUGAGCAACCACUUUACUGCAUAGUCAAACUAUUGGAGUAACAGUUCAUCUCAGCACUCCAGACUGCAGUUGCUUCCCAUUAAAUGAAUGCAGCCUGCCUCCUUUGGAGGUAUAAUUAACUCUGUCUGAUCUUAGACCUCAGUUUCAAAGUCUCAGUGGUAAUGACAUAUUUCACCCGCAACUCCUGUCCUACAACGGAGCAAGAGUCCUACAACGGAGUAGAAAGUCGUAAGUUCAAAUCAUGUAGAAAUGGGAAGACAGGAUUUGGAUAACUACUUUUCUUGGAUAGUUAUGAACAAACUGAGGUUUCUAUCUAAUACUAUGAAAACAUUUUAAUAUGAUUUUGAUAAAAAUAAGUUUAUUUUCAUACAUUUUUGUUGAGUGUUAUCUAUUAGCACAAUUUAUGCUCCUGAUAGUAAUAUAAAUUCUGUUAAAACCACAGAGGUUUUUACACUUUGGGUUGAAAUUUAAUGUACUUUGCUGAAGCAAACAAACUCGGGACAAGAGAGAAUUAUCUUAUCAGUGUUUAAGUUCUUAGCCUUCCACUAUCUUCAUAAAGCUGUUGAGAGGAUUAACAUGUUUGAGCUUUAGGAUAAUAUCGUUGGAGUCUAGCAGCUUAAUUCUUCUACCUUCUAUUCUAAUGUUGUAAAAGUAUCUGACAGAACAGAGAAAAUCCCUGGUCAUGAAGAAGUUUCAUUGCACAGAAUUAAGCCAUAAAUCAAUUUACUGUGACAUUUUUCUAAGAUCAAGCAGGAAAAUACAGAUGGUACAACACUGUGACUUCCCCAGAAUAUUGGAUGUUGUUGAAGAAUGUAGCUUUGUUUAUUGUACGUUUUCAUGUUGUGUGAUUUGUUGUGCUUUGUUUUCUUUCCAGUCCUCGAGUUGCAAAACCAUUGUGUUUGUUCCUAUAUAAAUACACUUCCUUUAAAAAUCCCUAAUUAAAAAACUGCUUAUAUUUUCUAUUGGGGAGUCCAAAUCUUGAUAAAGAAUUUGUUCUUAGACUCACAAUUUGUCUGCUCUUUAAGGUAUUCUCUUCUUUCAUGGUGAUUUGCUUGUGGUUGCGUGCUGUCAUUUCCAACUUAUGGUAACUCUAUGAAUUAAUGCCUUCCAAAAGCCAUGCUCAAGUCUUGCAAACUAAAGGUUAUGACCUCAAAUUUAUCUCAUGUUUUGAGCUUUCUCUUUUCUUACAGCCAGUUUUCUAGGAUUUUUACUUUUGCUGUGAGUCUUGUUUUUCAGUGAGUUGUACCAUGUAAAGAUAAGAUGCACUGAAUUUUUUAAAAAAAAUCCUGAGAAAAUUGUCUUUUCGUGCUAUGCCCAGAGGAACACUGAAGGAGCCUUCCUGAAGAAUGUGAAGACUGUGAACAUAUCAGGCAUUCCCUGAUCAAUGAGAGCACCCUGUUGGCUGAUCCUUCCAGUCUGGAAGCACUGUUGGAUUGCUUCCAGCACAAGGAAAGAUGACUAAUAUGUCCAAAGUUUGAGAGCCUCAUUUCAGUCUAAGAGUUGAGACUUCAUCUAGAAUCCAUUUACUGUAGUCCUUUUCAGUAGCCUAUGGUGUCAGUAAAGUUCUCCAGCACCAUAUUCUAAAUAAAUUCUUUCUUUUAUUUC